AUGUAUCUGAAAGGAGGGGAAGGGAUGGGAGGGGUGGAGGGGAUGCAUAAGAAGGGGCAGAUGGUGCCUUUGGGUUCACAGUGGCUGAUGGGAGUUUUUACGGUGGUGACUGUGGGUGUCUGCUUGGCCUCGGAGCUGUCCUUCCUCCUGGAGCCAAGCGAUGUGAUCGCAGUGAGGGAACGCCAGCUCAUGCUGGACUGUCGCGUGCAGGGGGAGGAGCCGAUCAUGAUCACAUGGCGUAAAAACGGGGUGCCUUUACCCAGAAGCCCGCGGGUUGAGGUGCUGGCAAAUGGCACGCUGUUCAUCCGGAGCUUCCAGAAACGCAGGGAGGGGAGUGACGCGGAUAUGGGCGAGUACGACUGUGCAGCCCAAAAUCGCUAUGGCAUGUUGGUCAGCCGGAAGGCCAAAGUCCUUUUGGCGUCUCUUCCUAAGUUCCACACCCACCCUCUGUCCAUGUCCGUGGACGAGGGAGGCGUAGCUCGCUUCCAGUGUCAAAUCAAUGGAGUACCUGAGGCAAACAUCACCUGGGAGAGAGACAGAGUACCACUCAACACCACCAACAACAGAUACACUCUCCUGCCAAUGGGUAUUCUCCAGGUCACAGGUGUGAGGCAGGUGGAUGCAGGGGUUUUCCGCUGUGUUGCCACCAACCCCGCCAACACUCGCUUCAGUCACGAGGCCAUGCUCAACAUCACUGGUGGAGCUUCUAGAACCUACAAGGAGCCCUUCAUCCUGUCAGGACCCCAGAAUCUGACCAUCACCAUACAUCAGACGGCCAUCUUGGAGUGCAUUGCCACAGGAAACCCAAGCCCUAUUGUUUCCUGGAGCAGACUAGAUGGACGCUCCAUUGGGGUGGAGGGUAUUCAGGUUCUUGGGACCGGGAACCUGAUGAUCUCAGAUGUUUCCCUGCAGCAUUCUGGAGUGUACGUGUGUGCUGCCAAUCGACCCGGCACCAGAAUGAGACGUACUGCCCUCGGACGACUCGUUGUACAAGCUCCUCCUGAGUUCCUGCAGUGGCCGCAGUCUGUGUCCAAACCUGUAGGGGGCAGUGCUGUGUUCACGUGUGUGGCCCAGGGCGUCCCCGAGCCUCACCUCAUCUGGCUGAAGAAUGGCAAGGUUCUGAUGCCUGGACACAAUGUGAAGCUGACCAACAACAACAGCACUCUGGCUCUGACUCGAAUCAACUCAGAGGACGAGGCCAUCUACCAGUGCAUCGCCGAAAACAGUGCCGGUACAAACCAAGCCAGCGCCCGUCUAGCCGUGGCCCAGGCUACCGACCUGCCCGCCGCCCCCGAGGGCCUGGUGGCCAACGCGCUGUCCACCAUCACCCUGCAGAUCACAUGGAGCCAGCCGCCGGCCCCCGUCACUGACAGCAUUAUCGGAUAUGUCCUGCACAUCCGCAAAAUAGGAGAGCCUGACAGUCUGGAGCUGCAGGAGGCCAUCAGUAAAGGUUCCUUCCAGCACGAUGUGACCAACCUGGAAGCAGCCACCACCUACUCCCUGUACCUGAAGGCCUACUCUCCCCUAGGAGCCAGCAGGCAGUCCAACACCGUGGUGACCACAACGCUGGGGGGCGUGCCGACGCCGCCCACCUUCUUCACCAAAGUGGUGAACUCCAGCGCCAUGCAGGUCCUCUGGGAGCUCCCCAGUAAGGCCGGUAAGGCCGAGGGCUUCAGGCUGUCUUACCGCAGGGUCCCCCAUGCCGACUUCCAAAGCCCCAUCCAGCUGCCCUUCCACAUCAAUGCCCACACUAUCACCAAGCUCGAGCCCGGGGCAGUGUUUGAGGUCAAGCUGGUGGCCUACAAUGGAAACGGGGAGAGUGACGGCUCCAAGAGACUGGUGUCGCUGGCAGAGGAAGGCGUGAGUGACCAAGCCACUGGAGGGGACAGUGUGUGUCAGUGCAGGGAUGGGGAGGCCUCUCUGGGCAGCAUCGUCAUUGGCAUCCACAUAGGCACCGCCUGUAUCAUCUUCUGUAUUCUCUUCCUCAUGUUCGGAUAUCGUCGCAGUCUGUUUUGCAGUAAAGGGUCUCAGGACAGCUGGUCUGUACCGAGGGACGGCACGGGACAAGGUGGGAUGCUUAAGGACGGAGCGACCCGCCCCGCUGGGGGGGCAGCACCUCAGGUGGUUUGUCCAGCGCAGUGCCAGGUGGUCAUUGAGCAGCACUUGUCUGGUUUGCCUGGCACGGACACUGGCUAACACACAUACACUGGUCAAUGUUAUAACACCCACAGUCACAGUCUGAUAGAUAGAAACCUCAAAGUAGCUUCCACAAAUCUGUGACAGGGCUAGGAAACACCCUUUGUCACCCUAUCCCACCCUCCACCCCUACCUCAAACUAAAGCUUAUCGCCAUUAUUGCCUGUGAACAUGCACAUGUGCAUGUAGAAUAGCCUUCACAAGAGCAUUGCCACAGCCGAUGAGGUCCUGCUAUGUUCUUUUUGUGUGUGUACCACAAAACUGUCAUCGCUUUUCCAGGAGGAUAUUUUGUGCCAUAUCCAAAAUAUUAUAUCUCUCAGAUCUCCUCCGCUGAAAUGAAGCCAUUAAUAGUGACAGACCUCUUGACUUUGCCUUCUGUCCCUCUGCAAUAAGAAAAGGAAGAAACACAGUAGCCUUUGCUAACGCCUUACGACAGUGAUAUGAAAUGAUUGUCUAUCACCUUACAAGCCAUUUAGAGUAGCCAUGGAAACAAGUCUUCUUUAACCCAAAAUAUGUACACGUCCAAAGAAAGCUACCUCAGUUCAACAGGAAUGCCUGAGCCAAUUCUAGCCUGAUUAUGCUGCUUCUGCUAGUCUGCCUCAACCAAAAAAUAGGAAAACCAUUACCUUGACCAGUGCCAGUGUAUUGUGCCAGUCACCAACCAGUCCAGUCCAGAGAGUGCUCACCAGGACCACAACGAAGCCUUACUGCACCGCAGAUCAACGAGAGCCUUAACAAUGUCCUGCUCCAGCUUUCUGUCUACAUGAACAAGCUUCAGCUUUCUCAACUGACUUCAGAAGACACCAAGGAGAACAUUUAGUAUUGUCUCCUUUAUUUUUGUUACUCUGUCAAGUUUGUAUCCAGGAUUCUCAGCUACCCUCAAGUAUCCAUCUCCAAAGACAUAUUUGUGCAAACUGGAGGCUUGUUUGAUCUGCACAAACCUAAUGGAAGACUGAUUCUAAGCCAAAAAUGAGUGUUUGAGGCCAUGCUGCCAUCUUAUCUCCAGAUUCUAAAUUGGUCAUUCUGGGACGAAAUGGUUUAAAGGUCACUUGCCUGAAUGCAUGGACGAGGCUUGUGUUCCCCUUGCCAGCCUAUCCAAAAUAUCUUGUAUGAAAACCAAGCUGAAUGAUGCCCAAAGAUGUAAAUGGUUUUCAUUAUUUUCCUUAAAGAAUUAUUUUAGGUUACAUUUACUUUUGGUUUGGGAUUUUUCCUGUUUGAAAUGGGUUGCCUGUGUGAAAAGUGCUUUAUUGAACUGAGCCAAAAAAAUCGAAUUUUGAAAACAACAUCUUUUUAUAUUUUUCUUUAGUUUGGUCAUUGCAGGUGCUAACCCUUCAACAUGGAACUGUUUAUUUUCUUGAUCCUAACAUUGAACUUUUGAAGAGUAACCUAAUGAAAAUAUCAGAUAUUUUGAAAGACUUUCUAUUUCAAUACUUGCUUUCUUUUUCAAAGUAGUUAAAUUCUUGCCAAAUAUUUAGCUAUCUUAAAGAAAUGUGUAACCAAAUGCCUCAUUCAGUCUCUACACAUAACCAAAAGCACAACAACUUGAGAGUGAUCAUAUAUAGCCAUCACACACAUAUAAAUACAUAUACAUAUAAAUCUAUAUAGAUAUAGAUAUCUAUAUCUAUAUAUGUGUGUGAAUGGCUAGUAAAAGGUGAACCUUUGACAGCAGCUUUAAGAAGAGUUACACUUUGUUUAUACAUUGUGCUGGAAAAAGAAUUCCUUUUUUUUUUCCUUUUUAAAAUUUAGUUUCAUAUUGUUUAUCUUAUACGCACAAAUUUUAAUUCAAUAUUUUGAGCUGCCUCUGUACGGAUCCAUUCAAACAAUGUCAGCGCCAGCCUUGUAUUCGUAAUGUCAAAAACAAAAGGGUGAGUUGCUUCAGCAUUUAAAGUCCUCGAGGUUCACCUUUUACUGUGUUUAAGGUUUAAGGUUUAGAACAGUAGAACAUGAUACAUUUCCUUUCAGACCAAACUCAAAGCUGUUAAAACAAUGUGAUACCAAAAAGUGUAUUUGAUAUGGAUGACCCAAAAAGUCAUGUGUUCUGUAGUGUGAUAUGCGUAGAUGUAAAUCUAGUUAUUUCUUAUCUUCUUUUUCAAACCAUUGAGUUCUGUCUCUUUUUUUAGAGUAUUUUGUUCUUCCUGCUGUGCACAGGAAAGGUUGCCAAAGCAAAUGUUUGCUUUUUUUAAAAGUUUGUCAUUGUUAUUAUAAUUAUUAGAUUGGAUGACAUUAAUUAUGUUCGUCUCAAAUGUUUCCUUUUUCUGACAUGUGGAUGAUAUGAAAAUGAUUGUUAGUAUUACCUCGUGAUGGCCUUUAAGAAAGUGAUGUGAGUUUUCCAGAGACACUACGUUUAAGACUGGAAAGCCCAACUCAUGUUGUGCCCUGAAGAGCAAGCGACUAGAGACGAAAGAACCACAAAAGAAGAAAAAAAAUAGUAGAAAAGUAGAAACUGGCUGCUAGUAUCAACAAGAACCAAUGCUUUAAUGAUGAAGUGCUUUUCCUUGUCCCGAAGUUUUCCACUGGUGUGUUGUAGCCAAAAGAGAACCUAAAGCUUUAACCUGUUAUGGGGCUGAGAUGAAAUGGCUUGGAGGUAAAGGAGUGACUGAGGGUGAGUGGAGCUGGAAACAGAGACUGAGUUGUGACCUGGAAGGCUUUCACGCUACAUUUAUUUUACAUUCACACAAAAAACAGAGUCAGUUCUUUCAAAUGACAAAAAGCCCCAAUAAUUUACUUUGCACCUGCUUGUCACUUAUCACAGUAAAGGGAGGUGACUGAUAUUGUUAAAACUAUACAAUUUAACCAUUGGAGAAAGUAAACAUGUGUUUGCCAUUGCAAAUUAAUCAAUUAUUUCACACUUUAAAACACUACAACAAUAUUAUUGUACUUCCUACUGUUGAACAACCCAAAUGGCUACAAUAACCACAAGGGAAUAUGUAUUUUUGUCAUUUGUUUGAACUUUCCCUUUUAUUUAUUUAUUUAUUUUGCUCUUAAAGCUCUUAAGUAAUGUUUUCCAAUAGCUAUACUUUUCUCUGAAGCAGGGUGGUGGUUGUUGACAGCUACAUUUAGAACAAAUUAAACCAAUCUUGUUCAAAUUGUCAGAUGGUGGACGCAAUAUUUUCUCCUGUCUAAGUCCUGCCACGAAGCUUGGUCUCUGCAGACUGUUCUCCCUGAAUGUCUCCCUCCUGAAUUUCAUCAUGCCUAAAACCAAAUAAAGAAACAUUUUUAGAUGAAUACAUUUUUGUCUAUCGAAUUGACUUAGCUCAGUUAGCAUUCACAUAUGUUGUCAUCAACUCUAUACAGUCUGUCCCUAAUCAAUGAGAAGGUUACGACUGUGCUGCGUCAGGGCACACCAGUUGACCAUCAAUUCUUAUCACUUGGUCGUAGGCUGAGCGUAGAGACUGCUCGAGUGGAAAAUCUUCCAUGGAGCGGAACUCAGGAACCACCGGAGUCUCCACACUCCGGCCUCCAGCGUCGGUGGGCAGUGGUACUGGACCCACGCUUCUGUCUGGGCUGGAAGCCCCGUCGUGAAUUGUUCCAGCACCACCUUCUCCACUACGGCGUGCGCCCCUCCGGCCCUGUUCGGCUGUAGCCACCUGGCCGCUGCGUCCUUUAGCCGCUGCCCUUUUGCAAAUGGCUUAUCCUCCGGCCCCAACCUGGUCCUCGUGCAGCAGCCCCAGCCUGUCCACCACGGCCUUUCCGCAUUGUCUCGCCGGGCCGCCGGCAGAAGCCCCAUGGCCGCUGUCUACGCCUCCCCGGGUAACAGCCUGACCGGCCACUCUUCCGCUAGCCAGCCACAUGCUUCCGCCGUCGCCUCGAAGGCCUCCAGGAAGGACUGGACAUCGUCCUCCGCUCUCACCUGGCGCCGUUCCCUCAGCCGCUGCCCCUCUUUCCCCUCUGCAGCCGAGCCAAAACCACACCCGCCACCCACCAUCACCCGUGUCAACUUUGUGCUGUACGAAAGAGGUCAGCUCCUCCUCGUCACAUGAAAAGCAGUCGCGAACUCUAUCAGCAGCUGCCAUAGUCGCUCCUGCUGCUCAGAAUCCAAGUCCCCGGCACUUCUUUGCCAGACCUCGCGCAGAGCUGUCAUCCUUUUCGCUUCGCUCUCAUGCAGACUCUCACAGCCCUCCCCCGCAGACUGGGUCAGCCUGACAGGCGAGUCCAGGCUACGGGUGGCUGGCUCAGGGCCUAGCCGAGGCUCCGACAGGUACGACCUGGCUGCCAUUGUCUGCUUUCCUUCCCCCACACAACACCUGUGGGGUCCGGCUGUGUGUGUAGCUGCGCGCUGGGGAUCCAGCGGCCUCAUAUGCACCACCUGCCCAUCACUAAAGCUCAGUGUGGCUUUCCCCAGGUCUAACUGACAGCCCUGCUCCCGCAAAAAGUCCAAGCCUAUUAUACAGGCAUCUUGUACAUCCGCUACCCACACAUUGUGUCUCAUUUUCCGUCCCCCCAC